AUGAGUAAAGACAUUCCAAAACAGACUAAAUGCGAUGUUUCAACAGAUCUCAUAAAUAGAGUAGCUUCAAUUGAAUGCAGACAUGAAGCAUUAAAUGAAGAUAUUGAUACACCUUACGACCAUUAUAUGCAAUUCAACCAAAAAAUUGAAGAAAUAUUUAAACCAGAUGAUGUUGCCCGUAUUUGUCAGCAAUAUAACGUGAAGAAACCAAUGAACAAUUCUAUUCCACUUAAUAUUAUUGUUAUUUCUGCUUUCAGACAACUUCAAAGUGCAAUUGAAUCCCAAAAUAAGUAA